AUGGAGGAUAUCAUUGGCAAAGAAGUAAGAUCUGGAGCGAAUACAGUAGAAGUACAGUCUGUCUUGCAAUCAGGGGCUGAGUUCUAUGGUAUAUAUUUUGGGGCUCACUGGGCACCUCCUUGCAGACUAUUCACUCCAGCUUUGGCAGAGUUUUACAAUAAAGUCAAUAAUAAUUGUGAGUCUGAGAGUAGAAGAGUUGAGAUAGUCUUUUGCUCGAUAGACGGCAACAAUGAUGCUUUCGAAAGAAACUAUAGAGAGAUGCCUUUCAAGGCUAUCCCAUACACAGAAGAGCAGAGAAUAUAGAAUUUAAAGCAAAAAUAUAGUAUUAAUGGUAUUCCAACUCUGGUGAUUUUGGAAAGGAAUGGGGAAGUUGUGAGUUAUGAAGGAAGAACAGAUAUACAAAAUCAUCAAGAAGGAGCUUUCGAAGUCUGGUAAAAGAAAGCUCAAUCCAUGAAUUGA